AAUUCAGUGCUUCCACCGGCGGCGACAUUCAGAGGAGAUGGCGGCUAGAGGUGGUUUUCAGUCGGCACCAACGGGAGGAGGCGGCGGUGGAAUAGGACCUGGACCUCCGGUACCGGGUGGAGGACCGGGCAUGGGCCCUGGGACUCCUUCUGGAAGGAUGGGACCCUCUUCAGCUGCGCAGAAUCACAUGUACCGCUCCCCGAUGCCCGGGCCUGGAUACCCGAGACCCGGCAUGCCCCCAUCCAGCCGUAUGACUCCACAGGGACCAGCCAUGGGCCCCCCAGGAUACGGCACCGGCCCUGUGUCCCGCCCUGGAAUGCCUGGUGUGAUGGAUCCAUCUCGCAAGAGACCUGCCCCCCAGCAGAUCCAGCAGGUCCAGCAGCAGAACCGCAACCAGCACACAAAGAAGAAGAAGAUGGCUGAUAAAAUUCUACCUCAGAGGAUCAGAGAACUGGUCCCAGAGUCUCAGGCUUACAUGGAUCUGCUCGCCUUUGAGAGGAAGCUGGAUCAGACUAUCAUGCGCAAAAGGCUGGACAUCCAGGAGGCUCUCAAAAGACCCAUCAAGCAAAAACGAAAACUCCGCAUCUUCAUAUCUAAUACCUUCAACCCUGCAAAGCCUGAUGCUGAGGAUGGAGAAGGCACAGUUGCAUCAUGGGAGCUACGUGUUGAGGGCCGUCUGCUGGAAGAUACGGCUGUGUCCAAGUAUGAAGCUACCAAACAGAAGAGGAAGUUCUCCUCCUUUUUCAAGUCCCUGGUGAUUGAGUUGGACAAAGACCUGUAUGGACCAGAUAAUCACCUGGUGGAGUGGCAUAGGACUGCCACCACCCAGGAGACUGAUGGUUUCCAGGUCAAGAGGCCAGGUGAUGUGGGCGUCCGCUGCACUGUCUUGCUCAUGUUGGACUACCAGCCGCCUCAGUUCAAGCUGGAUCCCCGACUGGCUCGUAUGCUGGGAAUCCACACCCAAACCAGGCCUGUGAUCAUUCAGGCCCUGUGGCAGUACGUCAAAACCCACAAGCUCCAGGACCCCCAUGAGCGCGAGUUCAUCAACUGUGACAAAUACCUGCAGCAGAUCUUUGAGACCCAGCGUAUGAAGUUCUCUGAGAUCCCACAGCGUCUGCAUGCACUCCUGAUGCCCCCAGAGCCCAUAAUCAUCAACCAUGUGAUCAGUGUGGACCCUAAUGACCAAAAGAAGACUGCCUGCUAUGACAUUGACGUGGAGGUGGACGACACACUGAAGACUCAGAUGAACUCCUUCCUGCUGUCCACAGCCAGUCAGCAGGAAAUAGCCGGCCUGGACAACAAGAUCCAUGAAACCAUUGAGACCAUCAACCAAUUAAAGACCCAGAGAGAGUUCAUGCUGAGCUUCGCCAGAGAUCCUCAGGGCUUCAUCAACGACUGGCUGCAGUCACAGUGCAGAGACCUCAAGACCAUGACAGAUGUGGUCGGAAACCCCGAAGAAGAGCGAAGGGCAGAAUUCUAUUUCCAGCCUUGGGCCCAGGAGGCCGUCUGUCGCUACUUCUACUCCAAGGUCCAGCAGCGGCGGCAGGAGCUGGAGCAGGCUCUCGGCAUCAGGAACACCUAAAGAAUUUGCUCACAGGCCCCAGACAAAUGAAGAGACGUGCUGUGCUUGUGGAGGCGGCUAGUGUGAAUGCGGGUGUGUGUGUGUGUGUGUGUGUGUGUGUGUGUGUGUGUGUGUGUGUGUGUGUGUGUGUGUGUGUGUGUGUGUAAUCAAGUGAAUGCCCCCAGAUUUUUUUGGACAAACCUAGAAAGACAUAAAUGCUAGAUGGCUUUACUGUUAUAUAGGAUGUCAGUUUUUAUAGUCACCCUUCUGCUUGACGUGUAUUGCAGUUUGGUUGCUACUUCCUUUUCUUUUUUCUUUUUUUUUGUUCUCCCUCUCUUCUGUCGUCACACCAGAAGGCAUGAUGUAUCACACCUUGAGCACGAUGUAUUUUCUCUUGAUUGUCUAAGCCUUACCUGGAAGCAUUCCUUUCAUUUUGAUAGAUUGUGCCCCUGGCCCACACAAAAGUACCUAUGAAAAGUAGUGGGCAACUUUUAAUGAAAUUUCUCUCUCGAACACAAAAAAUACCUUAAAUCAGCUGGAAUGUGUUGAUUCUGCCAUGGGUCUUUGUUUCCCUGUUGAGUAAAUUUACAUUACACACUCCCGUUUUGGCCCCUGAAAUACUUGCCUAUACAGUUUGAUAUUGAUGGUGUGUAAUCAGUCAUGCUGCACUUCCAUCACUGUGUCAUUUUGUCACAAACUCCCAUUGGUUUAUUUUGACAGUUUGUGCCACAUUCCUUUGCGCUAGAUCCUAAAGUUUCAGAGCUUGACCAUGGCAGGAUAUACAUCGUUUUGUAUUGUUUAGGGUGCCAUUUAGUAUGAAGUUUUUCAUGGGUAUUUUUGGCUUUUUGGUUUUCUUAAUGAUCCUAUUUGUUUUUUAAAAUAUUAAUUAUAUCAAUACUUGUCUUGUUAGCUAGUACGGAGUAUCAAGGAAGUAGCUAGUAUGAGUACCUCUAGUCUAUAUAGUUUGUAAAUACUGAGCAGAAAAAAAAACUGAAGAUGGGUGUGAAGUAAAAGUGUAUCUGUUUUCCUGGCAGAUGGCUCUCUUUAACUCUUUGUCUACGCUCAGAUAGUUGAGCCAAUAUUUAUAUUAAUUGGCUGUCUCUCUUUGAGCCCAGUGAUUUAGCUCUCAGCAACAUAAUGAUAGCAUUCACAUUUGAUCAUCCAGCAUCUCCGGAGGGCAAGAUGCAAUCAGCACGAGUGCCCUCUGUUAGUGGGGUGAGGUUGAAUCAUCUGCUUUUUAGGUUUGUGUAUCUUAAUUAUGUGCAGAGAAGCCAUAUACACUUGAACAAGCUUGGUGCAUUUUGGUCGCAAAUGUGGCCUAGGAUAUUUAAAUAAUCUCAGCCUUUUCAUACUCUGGUUGAACACGUGUUAGCUUUGAGUUUUAAUGGAUGUUGCCCUGUUAAAGCUAUGAUUUGGUGCCCUGGCUGGAAACGUCGGUUGCAUUCAUUUCAUGCAUUUCAAGAAUACACUACCGAAGUUUGGAGUUUAGAGCAUUUUCAAAAAAAAAAAAAAAAAGUUUGGGAACCACUAGGUUUUAAAAGACAACACUGGGGGACUUUAGUAUUACUUGGAUCUGUACAAUUUUUCAUGGACCAAACCUAUUUUUCUGUAUGUUCUAAUCUUAUGUUAUAAUAAAGGAUAUCUGAAAGUUA